AUGGCUCUCUCCACACUUUGGCUGGUCUUAAUGCUCUGGACGUCGCUGUUCUCCGACAGUCAGUGUAGCACUUUAAGCCAAGCUGAACUGCAAGAACUGGAGCAGAUCCACACCUGGGUUGUCUCACGUAGCUUCCCCUGCAGUGUUACCUGUGGACUCGGCCUCCUAACUCAAGAACUCUGUCCUAUUGGAGUGACCAGAAACAUCUCCACAAGUUCCUGCAAGCUGAGGACCAUAAGCUGCCUGGACUCCUGGCAGUGUGGCCUAAAGACCCAAACCGCUACUGUUGGUCGGCGACUGGUGCUCGAUUGCUUGGAGGAGGUGAUGGAAGCCAUGGGUCGCUUUUCCUUUGUAGUGUCUUGGCGCUUUGCAUUUGCCAUCAUCACCACCGAUGAUUCCUUAUUCACCCGUUAUGAAGCCCUUAGCCUGGACAAGGUGGUGCUAGACCCUCUCAGAGAGGAGGACUCUGGGACGUAUCGCUGUGAUGUACUGGACACCGGUAAACGAAGAGUGAAGAGGAUGUACAAAGGCGUGAAGGUGUUGUCUCCUAAAGAUCUGAGUUUAGACUUCGCUCAAGGUCUGAUUCACUGGGAAAUCCCUGAGAGCCGGUUUGCUAACCUCACUAGCUCAAGAAAAGUGUAUUCCAGCAGCACAAUCAGGAAUAUUGUGAUUAUCAGUGUGCCUUUAUCUUUUGCAAUCGCGGUGGUCAUCUUUAUAUUCUUGUUUUGUUACUCUAGAAGAGCAAGAAGAGCAGCUCACCUUUGCCAGGACAACAUUUGA